AUGGUCCGCAUCGACCAGGAUAUCAAGUUGGACUUCAAAGAUGUCCUAUUCAGGCCUAAGAGGAGCUCCCUUUCAUCCCGUAGUCAGGUCACCUUAGACCGUGAGCUCCAUUUCAUGCACAGCUCUCUGACGUGGACGGGAGUUCCAGUCGUAGCAGCUAACAUGGACACAGUCGGCACCUUUGCUAUGGCGGAAGCACUAGGUAAAUUCAAGUGUCUUGUGGCCAUCCACAAGCANNNNCACGUGAUGGAUUGGAGUAAGAUGUGUCGUUCUAGCUUGGUCGCUUGUUGA